AGUGUCGCACAUCUUCAUCCGUCCCUUCUCCGAAAUCGCAGCGAGACCUGGCUCUGCCGUCCUGCCCGUCUUCCUCCACUCCCGUUCCUGCUCUGCCAGGCUCAGAUGAGCUGGCAUCUUACAGAUACAAGAGCAGAGGAGAGACUGCUUCUGAACACCUCAAACAAGAGUUCACUGACAGAAGGAGGUCACUGAAUUUUUACGUACACAGGCACCACAAUCAUGGCACCAAUCAGCACAGAUCUAGUAGGCUGGGCGGUCACGGAGCAACCAGCGGCUGCGUUUCUCUCCAUAGUCGUCCUGUUUAUCGUUAGCAUCGCGCUUCUCGUUCUUUGUGCAAGCUGUAAAAAACAUUCAUUUGAGUUAGAAAGCAGCAAGACAGCACCCGAGGAGAAAAAAUCAUCAACACUUGUGAGCGUGGCAAAAAUGGACAAUUCAAGUGGUGCCAGACACAACCCUGCUGUUAAUGACAUCACAGAAGAUGAAAUCGGUUUAGAGGCUGUGGAAGGUGGGGCUGCGUACAGACCCUGGAGAAGCCACACUCUUACUCACGGUUCAACUUUACCAGCUCAAAUAAAUGGCAGCGUUGGCACAACGAAUGAGCGUUCUGUAACACUUCAAUCUAUCUAAGAAAAUAUGACAAAAAUAGUGUCGCUGCCGUAGGCCUAACACCACCAACUCUGAAUGAUGGAAACAAGCCUGCAGACAGUUUCACCAUCUUUAUUAUGCAACCUGAAAUGCUUAUACUAAACACAACCCUUCACUGUUUGGAGAAAAAAAAAAAUUCUGUAUUCCUCUGGAGCCAGGCUGAGGUCCUGCUUUGUGGAAUUGACUCCCAUAAGUGCUACUUUGAAACUAUAGGAACUAUAGGAGCCCCUGAUCUGUCCCUCAUCAUUGACUGGUCUGAUUCAAAGCUGAAUCCUUAUGCAGAGAUUCAGACAAGAAUGGUUGGUGUCCCUCAGGAGAGGAAGCCUGAUCUUCUGGCCACACCUGUUGUGUCAAAUAGGGAUCUCUAUUCAGGUGGUCACAGAUUAAAUGCAGCACAAGCAAGAAAAUCAGGUGUCGCAUCUCUGUUUGAAGAAGAGGUGAAAAUGAGAGACCCAAAAAAGAAAAGAAGAUUUUCCUUUUAUCUUCUUCUAAUGAAGCCCAGUAUUGUGACAUUAUUCUGUAUUAAUUUUCAUUCUUAUUAGGGGUGCAAUAAAGACUUUAUCUCUCA